AUGUUGUUACCACAAGCUGGAAUCAUGACAUUUAUGAUCUAUGGUGGUUUGGGACCAAAAGUGGUACAAUGUGGAGAUGUGGACUUGAGGAACUGGACUAAGAAAGAAGUUUGUGCGAGUAUAGACCAGCUUUCGAAUAACACUAGAUGUCAGCUGGAGGCUCAGUUUAAGAGUCUGGCGUUUGAUGUAAGAGUUUCUUAUAUUUUAUAUUGUUAGUAGAGCUAGGAGGGGUAGGGCAACUUUUGGUAUAUGGCAGAGGAGGGAGAGGAGAUAAAAACCUAUAGUUUUUAAGGUAGGGGUGGAUAGUUUUUAAACUUUUUGUGUGCCUUACCCAAUUCUAUCCUACUUUACUUCACCUUACUUUCCCUUACUGGAGCCUAUUCAACCCUUAUUUAUCCUAGACUACCCUACCGCAACCUAUCUUACUCUAUACCUUACCUCAUACUGUGUCCCAUUUUUUACCCUUUACUAUGCUCUAUGUACUACUCCAUGGCUUUUCCUUUGUUUGACAUUAUAACCUAUCCUAUACCGUAUCUCAUACUCGUCUACCUUGUAUUUUACUUUAUGGUUUACUAUAUUCUUUACGUUUCGCUCUAUCUUAAACUUUGCUCUAUGCCUUACUUCAUAAUCUACCUUAUGCUCUGACCCUACAUUACUUAUAUCAAUCGUUUUUCUAUUCAAAUAACGAGUUUUCAGUUCAGAUACUACUGUGAAGAUGCGGUUAAAAUCAAGAAUACGAUCAGUAUCUUAAUGUGUGGUGUCCUGCUUGGUUCAAUAGUUUUUGGCCAACUUUCCGAUCUACUUGGCCGAAAAAGACUUUUAAUGUUUUCACAUUUUGGAAUGGCAAUAAUGACGUUUUUGGCGUCUGGAAGCCCAAAUCUUUACAAAUUUACAGUACUUCAAACUAUGGCAAUGUUCUUUGCUGGCGGCAGCGGAGCGUAGGUUUAUUUCUUAAUUUAAUAAGUAAUUAGAGAGGGUUUGUUGGGAAGGGGGAGGUAGUUUUUAACAAAAGUGAUUUUUUGGUAGGGUAUGUUUAGAAAGGGCAAGGUAGUGUAGAGCGAGGGUAAAGAAACGAUAUAAAGGGAUUAAGGUGGCCUAGACUUAAGGUAGGGUAGGGUAGGCUAAGGCGAGGUACGGUAGGGAGGGUAAGAUAAGGCAAGGUACGGUAGGGAGGGUAAGGUAGCUCUAAAAAUGUAAAUUUGGGUAUAACUAUUAUACUUUCAGUAUCAACCACGUAUUUCUCAUGGAGAACAUGCCCAAGAAGCAUCGACUAUGGGUGUCGAGUGUACUGACAUACUCUCCAAACUAUGUCAUAAUGUCAAUUAUUGCCUAUUACGCUGAAGAUUGGCGUACUAUGCUGAGGGUCAUCAGUGCUAUCAACGUUCCAGCCUUCUUUGUCUUGAUGUAAGUUAGUUUUUAACUAUGUUGUAGUAAGUUUGACACAGUAGUUUGGCAUUAUAUAAGCUUCUUUGUGAAAUUUACAUUUUAUGUUAAUUACAGUAAGAUUUUUGUACUUACUAUACGGCUAUAACAAUAUCUAUCUUACAUCCUUCAGGAUAGCCUUCGAAUCCCCAAGAUGGAUGAUACAAAAAGGAAAGUUGGAGGCAGCUAGAGUAACAUUAAAACGGAUAGAUAUCAUCAACAAAACUGCUACACCAGAGAGGCUAGAGCUGUUGGAUACAUUGAUUACUAACGAAGCUAUUGUAAGUUAUAUUAUCCUUAUUAUUCUUCAUUUUUAGACAACUUCACAAGAGAAGCGACGAAGGAGAUAUUAUGUUUAUCACUUGUUCUAUACCUCAAAGUUUGCUAUCUACAUUAGUGUCAUAUCAUUUUCGUUGUAAGUUUUUGUUGGGUUUACGUUUGAAAGCCGUUUUUAAAAAUAAAAUUUAAUUUUUGAAAAGCAAACUUUAGGCUUAGAAAUAAAACUAUAGACUUAAAAACGAACUUUCAGGCUUAAAAAGAAGUGUAGGCUUAGUAGGGAAAAUUUAGGCUUGAAAAUAGAAGUUGAAGCUUAAAAGUGAAAGUCGAGGCAUAAAAAUGUUAUUGUACCUUAAAAAUAGAAUUUUAGGCAUAAAAGUAAAAUUUUAGGCUUAAAAUGAAAUUUUGAGCUCAAAAUGAAGUUUUAGGCUUAAACUGAAAAUUUAGGCUUAAAAAUGAAAUAGCAUUCUUAAAAAUUAACUUUGGGCUUAAAAUGAAAGUUUAAGUUUUCUAAUGAAGUUUUAGGCUUAAGAAUGCAAAUUUCGGCUUGAAAAUUAAAUUUCAUUUUUAAAGCUUAAUUUCAGGCUUAGGAAUAAAUAUUUAGGCUUAAAAACGAAUUUUUAAGCUCAAAAAAUCUUUAAAAUCAAAAAAUCCAACUAUAGGCUUUUAAAUCAACUGUUACUUACGUUAGGUUUAAAAAUGCCUAUUAUAAUUUAAAAAUAAAAUUUCGAAUCAAAAAAAUAUCUUUCUUACUUUACAUUGACGAUUCAUUUCAGAGUAUGUACCUCAAUUCUCGGUUACUCAACAGUCUUCAAUAUGGAGUACCUGUCCGGCUCGGUAUACCUAAACACAAUUGUGUAUGGCGUCUUCCGUUAUGUUAUCAACAUUAUGGUUGGUAUCUUGGACUUUAGGAUUUUGUGGCUGGGCAGAAAGUUGUUGUACAACACAACUCUCGGCUUUAUAUUGUUCAUGCUGGGGACGGUGGUGGUGUCGACUGUUAUUGGUAGGGUUUGAAAGCUUUUUUUGCUAUUCGAGCUUUUUAGGCUUAGACAAAUUUUUUAAUUUUAGGUAUGAACCACCCCUACAUAAUAACAUUCUGUGUUUUGUUCGCCGCCGGUAUGGGAAGUCAAUUAUACAUGGUCAAUGCUGUGGUAACAGCUGAACUAUUCCCUACCGCUAUUCGGAAUCAAGCAGCUUCUUUCAGUCAGCUCUUCAGUCGAUUUGGAGGUAUUGUGGCUCCACAUCUAUUUUUAAUUGUAAGUUUUGAUAUAACAGCUUGUAAGAAGGUGGUAUUGCGUUUGUAAGGGGUAUAUGGUGCCAAAAAGGAAGCAUGGUAAAGGUAGUUGAGGGUAGAGUAGAUCAAGGUAGGAUACGGUAAAGUAGGCUAAGAUAAGAUAGGGUUGAGCAAAAAAUUUAUCCGAUAGGGCAUAGUACAGCAUAUUGAUGCUGGGUAGGAUAGGAUAAGGUAAGUUAAAGUAAGGUAAGCUAGGUUAGAGUAGGGAGGGCUCUUUAAUUUAAAGUAAAAUAGGUAACAGUAUCAUAGAGUAAGUUUCAGUGAGGUAGGCUGAAGAUACGUUGUGUCUAUGGUAAGGUAUUACUUUAUGCAUUGGUUUUUUCUCUUUGAAAGUUCCUCUCAUACUCUCCCUACCUCUUUGCUUAUAGAUCAUUUACCCCGCCCGGGUAAAACUUAUCUUUUCAGCGUUGAUCCUUGGCUAUGAUAAGGCCAAAUUUAAGAAAAGAUCAUUAAGACUGUAGCAUAAAAAAUCAAAAACUUUAAUAAAAAAUUAUUUUAGAGUAAAUUCUGGGAACCUCUACCAUAUUUUGCUAUGUUUACAAUAUGUGUGAUCAACUUGUUGUUAGUUAACUUAUUCAUGCCCGAGACUAAAAACGUCGCUUUGGUUGAUCAUAUGCCACAUAAAAGUGAAAGGUUAUGGAAUAGAAAGCCUCAGACCUUGCCGACUACUCUCACUGAUACCAAAUUGACAGAAUAA